CCUAUAAAACUUCACCAAAACAAAUACAAUCGCCCCUCCGCAUCUCCUAAUUGGAGGGAUUCUUGUCACAGCCUACCUUGUCCAGCCGGGGCCUCCCAUUGGUGGAAGAAGGACUGCGUGCCCGGCUGAGGCGGUCUUAGUCAAGCCCGGGCAGUGGGUGGUACCGCGACGCAAGCUUCUUCCUGUCUUCUGCUCGCUCGUUCGGUGCAGGCAUGGCUUCCUGCUUGGAUCUGGAGACCUUCGUAGAUGGAGUUAAACCGCCGGUUUGCACCAGCAGCUUCGUGUUCGGCGAGUUAAGGAGGAUUGGCAUUUUACUGUCUGGAAAUUGGGACCGGCGUCCAUGUUUGAGGGAUGGGUUGAUAGGAUGCGAGUUGAACAGCAGUGCCCGAUCCUACACUUUUAAAGUAUCUGAAGAGGAUGAUUCUGAUCAUAUCCUAUCUCUGAAUAUGGUUUGCCUGUCAGAAGGGGCCAAGGAUGAGUGCAAUAUUGUGGAGGUUGUGGGGCAUGACUAUCACAACCACGAGAUUGUUGUGCCAGUGGCCAACCUGAAGCUGUCGUGUCAGCCCUGGUUGUGUUUGGAAGAUUUUCAGCUGCAACCCCCGGUGACCUUCCGCCUAUGCUCAGGAUCUGGCCCUGUUCACCUUGCAGGACAACACCGUAUCUUUCACAGAAAGGAUCUCUCGGAUGAUAAGUUCAGUGAAGAGGAUGAGGAGGAUUUUAGUGAGGAUGAGGAGUCCAUAGAAGAGGAGGAAGAGCUCUCCCCUAUCAAGCCAGCCAAGAAGCAAUGUAAAUCUUAGCCUGGCUUCCCUGGAAGUGCUGCUGAUUUUCUUCUUCCUGAAAUGCAGUGCUACUAAUCUGUGGCUGAACUUCUUGAAAAGUUUGUUCAUAUUUUCUGCCUAAAGUUGACGGCUAGCUAGCGCUGCUGACCCUGUGGUUUUUGAGGAGUUGUUGGAGUGUUCCCAAACACAUUUCUGGCACACGUUUUGCUUCCCAACUGGGAAAACUGGUAGCUGCUUUCCCUUCUGGUCAGAUUUCCUUGGUACUUAGAAAAGUGCCCAAGCUGACUGCUGCUACUGAUAUAUAUAAAGUUGUUUUCUCUAGGUGAGGCAGUCAACAGAUAAGCAUAAUGCCUGUGUUCCCUAUGCAUUUUACAUCUUUAAAGGACACACUCCCUUAAGAAAAAAGUAAACCUGUGCAAUGUAAGGUGACUGUGAAUACUCCAUACAUGUUUGGAUUUUUCAAAAUAUUUUAAGCUUUUUUAAACAAAAAUCUGUGGUUGACUAGUUUGUAUAUUUCAGAAAGCAAUAAACAUUUUUUGAAAAAAGAAACCAGUAAAACUACUGUGUCUACUUCUUAGAACUUGUUCGUCUCUGGAGCUCGUUUGUGAGUGUGUAGAUAUAUUUAUGCAGAGUCCCACUUUCUGAAACAGUAUAGAUAUAUUUUAUUUCUUUUAAUUUGUUUUAAUUUAAAUUUAUUAAGAAAAACAAAAAGGGAGAAAUAACACACAAAAGAAAGCUACAACCAUCAGCUCAUAAAAGGUCAUGAACAUCCACAAAUAUCAAAGAUUUUGCUAAUAUAAAGAGCAACCAUAUUAACUGUAUUUUCUUACAGGGUUAACCAAAUUUUAAACCUCCAUACUGUCAGAUACCUCUUUGUAUUGCAUUAAGCCCAUUUUAAAUAUCCUUGGGGUUUUUUUUUCAAGAAUUGCUUACAGCUUCAGUUUACACCAGUGAAAAUGAGAACAACCUGUGUAUGUUUGUCCCUUAGUCUCAUUCUGUAUAUGCCAGCAGUUCCCCAACUUUUUCUGCCAUGGACUACUUGAAAAUUUCUGAGAGUUUUGGUGGACCACUUCAUGAUUUUUCUGCCUGUUUUAGCAGUUGUAAUGCAUUGUCUAGGUGCUGUGUGAUUUUUAAUUGUAUUUUUGUUUCUUUUAGUUCUUGUAUUUUAUUAUAUUACAAUUUGCAUUCCAUAGAAUAUGAAUAUUUAAUGUGGACAUCUCGUAUGCCACCUCAGUGAAGCUCACAGACCACAAUUUGGGAACCCCUGGUAUAUCCCAAGAGCUGUAUGUGAUUUGGUCAUAGGGCAUGAAUCACAAAGUAGUUGUUUGCAUAUUCUUGUGCUAUCUCUUUUAACAUAUUGUUUUGCUCUUUCAAAUAAAUAUAUUUGUAAUCUA